AGAUGAUAUUACAUGUAAAAACUGUGGUGAAUUAUAUACAGAUAUACAUCAUAAAUGGUGUUAAUGCAUACUCUAUUGGUAUUAAUAAUAACAUUCUCAGAAUAUAUGGGAUAUCCCAAAAUCCAGAUACAAAUAACUAUAUUAUUGAAUUAUAAUUGGAUUAGUAAAUUGUCUGUACUAAGUGGAAUUGUUCAAGGUCUUAAUAAAAUUCAUGAAAAAAGAUUAGUUCAUCGUGAUUUCCAUACAGGAAAUAUAUUGGUAUCAUUUAGAGAUAAUGCUACUGGAGAUGCUGAAAGUGAUAUAUAUAUUUCAGAUAUGAGAUUAUGUGGUGAAGUUAGUAAUAUAGGCAAAACAAAAAUUUAUGGAGUUAUGCCAUUUGUAGCUCCUGAAGUAUUAAGAGGAGAGCCAUAUAAUCAAGCAGCAGAUGUAUAUAGUUUUGGUAUGGUUAUUAUUUUAGCAUUAAAUAUAUGUAAUGGAAAUAGACCUGAAAUAAAUGAACAAGAAGCACCAAAAUUUUAUAUUGAUUUAAUGAAAAAUUGUUGGGAUCCAGAUCCAUAUAAGAGACCAAGUGUUAUUGAAAUAAAAAAAUUGGUCAAAGAUUCUCUCCGUGAUGAUGAUGAUGAAAUCAAAAAGCAAAUUGAAGAAGCAGAAGAAUAUAGAAAAACAAAUUUUUUAUCUACUGGAAUUAGUCAAUCAAUUCAUCCACAAGCUUAUUAUACUUCUCGAUUACUCAAUCAAUUUACAAAAGAACUUUCAAAACAUGAUGAUACUUACAAUAUUUCGGCUGAGAUUAUUGAUUUUACAGAGUAUGUGUAAGUAGGUUAUCAAACAAAAAACGAAAAAUAAGUCAAUUAGAACAUGCAUUUGCACCAAAUAUAAAAUACAUUUUAUUAAAGUUCAUCUAAGAAAAAAGUGAUGAAUAUAAGAUAUAAUGGUGUAACACAAUUGUGAAAACUCAUGUUCUAAUUAUAUCUAAACUCCUUAUGUUAGAUAAGAUGCAACAAAUUUUAAGCCUAAUAUUAACAUUUAACACAAUUUUAUAACUAGGAUAUUAUUUUUUUUUAUUGAUAUUAUUGUAUUUUGUUCAAC